GAGGCCCGGCUGCUGCGGGACCGCUGCCCUCUCAGCCCGGGUGGGGGCAGGACGGGCCUUGCGGGGUGCUUGGCCAGAGGCAGCCCACGCCUCCCGCUGCAGACAGCGGCGGCCUCCGGCAGCUGUGGGUUGGGUCUAGGGAGGAAGCUGGGGGCAUCCGCGGGGGGGCAGCGUGGCUAGUGGGGCCCGGGGAACACGUGCUGGCAGGAGGGGCCUGGGUGUGGCCCAGCCAGGGGCCUCGGGAACAGGAACCCUGUGGAGGGAUCGGCAGCAGGUCGGGAAGCAGGCUGGGGAGGGCGCCCCUCGGGGAGUUGGGGCGCUGGGCUCCAGCAGGGGCUGCCUCUUCCCCCCGUCUUGGCAAGGCCAGUUCACGAGGCUCAGCAGGCACCUCUCCCGCUUAGCCCGACUCGGUGGCCCUGGGAAGGGACGGGAGAGGGAAAGGCCAGGAGACCCCGGGGCCUGCCCUCAGCCCAUGGCCUUGACACUGCCAGCCCCUCGCCAUGCCGGCUCCUGGAGCACCGGGCUCCCACCCUCCCCAGGCCUGGUUGGUGUCACUUUUUCCAGGAAGCCCUCCAGGCCUCCGGCCCAGUCUGGGGAGUCUGCCGCGCUGGGGGACUUUGAGGCCCUCUCCCUGGACUGGAACGCCCCCAGGGACGGUGUGCCGGCCCCAGGGCGGGCCUGAUGCGAGUGGGUGACAGGCCCCAGAGGCAUUAAGGCAGGUUCAGCCCCCAGACUUCGGGGCCCCCACGUCCCUGGCAGCCCUGGGCGGGCGGGGGGUCCCGUCAGCCCCCUCCCCUAACCUCAGGUCCGCGGGCUGGACCGGUGCCCAGACCCCAUCCCCGCGGCCCUGGGCGGGGGGGUGGGUACCCCCAGCGGCCUGGGCGCGGGAAGGUGGCGGGCGGGCAGCCGUUGGCUUUUGAAUCUCGGCCGGCGCCCUGAGUGGCCCUUUCAAAGGCCGGCGGGGGCGGGGGCCGUUCCCAGGCCGCCCCGCCCUCCCCGCCCGCCCCUCCUCCCGCUUUCCCACGCCGCCCGGCCGCCGGCUGGUUCUCACGGCCCGCCGCCCCUCCCCCGUCUGGGAACGCCGCGCCCGCCGCGCUGGGGAGCCCCGAGCCCCGGGAUGGGGGCACCUCCGGAGCUUCUCGGGGUGGGGGCGCGCUCGGUAGCAGGGCCACGGGGACGGGUUGGGGGGGCCCCGUGGGGGUGUCUGGCGGCCUCAGGGACUGGGUGGCGGUGUGUGCCCAGUGGGGGCGCCUCUCAGGCUUCACCCGGGUGGCAAGGUGCACGCAGGGGGGGUGCCACCUAGGGUUCUGCUGAGGGGGCCAAAGGGAGUCGGGACCCUCCUUCAGGGCCUGAGGCCAAAAGGCGUCCUUGGGCUCAGGACAGAUGGCUGCUCAGCCCCCAGCUCACCGAGGGACCCAGGGGCCCUGCCUGCCUUGUGCCGGAGGACAGUGAGCUCUGACCCUCGCUGGGGUCUCCCUGGCGUGGGAGCAGGUUCUGGGGCCCCACCUACCAGCUGCUCCUACUGCCUCUGUUCCUUCUAAGAGCCCCGGGGUUCAGCACAUAGAUACAGGCUGCUGCCGAACGUGGGCUCAGAGAACAGUGGGUGGCUUCUCACACGGAAAUGUGCCACGCGCUUAUCUGAAAUUCGCAUUCAGGGUGCGUUCUCCCUGGCCUGUGGCAGGGGUCGAGGAGCCGGGUGGGAAGACUGCCACCUCUCCGGGCCCCGGGGCUCACGCCCCUCACCCCACCCACCCACGUGAGCUGAAAUGUAGGGUCUCAUCCGACGGUCUUGGAAAAAACCUUGGGCGGGGCUGCCAGCCCUGCGACCCCGCCCAGAGGGCUUGCCCAUCUGGGCCCUCAGCCCCGGCCCCGCGGUGGGUCAGCUGCAGGAGGGGGAUGGGGGCACUUGGGGACCGAGGCCCCGGGGUCCUGUUUGCAGCCGCUUCCCAGGACUGGGCCUGCAAGCCCGGGGCGACCUGGGGAGGGCCUCCAGUUCAGGCCCUGGGUCCUUCCCUGCUGUGUCCUGGCCAGGGCACCUCCGUGUGGCCUUCCUCCUGUUCUGCCCCCCUUCGCUGUGAGGGGAAGCAGCAAGUGCUGCCCCGGCUCUGGGAUGUCCAGGGAGGCCAUAGGAUGUUCAGCCCAUGGCUGUUGGGGAAUCCACACUGGUUGGGGGACCUCCUCAGAUUCCCAGCAGGCAUGGGGGGCAGUGCCGUGUCCCAGGGGUUCCACUCCCAGAAAGUCUGAGCCAGGUGAAGUGGCCCUCGCAUCUGGGGCAGGAGGCCAAGGAGGCCCUGCUUGGGGACACCAGACAAAUCUCCCUGUGAAGCUGGGCCCCAGACUUGGGGUGCCAGGCUCAUGAGGCUGCACAAGCUGGCGUGAGCUCCCAUCUGACCGUGAGCCCAGCAUAGUCCCCUCCCCAUCCGCGUGGUCACCCCAACUCCUCCUGCUCCCAGGAACGCACCUCCCGCACGGCCCAGUGGUGCACACACACAGACACGCUCCCAGAGGCAGGAGUGUGAGAAGUCACAUCCACUCAGCCUGCCUCUCUCAGGCCCCGUGUUCACACCCCUCACCUGUGCUCACAUGCAGACGUGCUCAGCUGCUCUGAUGCUGGGCCCUCUUGCACCUCACGCCUCGGUGCUUGUGAGAGUCCUUGCAGAGUGUUGGCUCACACGCGUGUGUCCAGACCCGGCCCUCUCACGCCAGGUGUCCAGCGCCUGCCCGUGCGCCUCGGGACCUGCAUGGAGCUUUCGGCUGAAAAUCGGGGCGCAGGAGGCGCGGCUUCCAGUCCCAGGGCAGUAGAGUCUGUGUGGGCAAAGCCAGGCUUCAUCUCGGAGGCUCACAGGCCCGCCAGCUGUGCUUCGCUUCCAAGCAGUGCCACCUCUGGGGGCAGAUGGCUCAGGGCCCCACGAAGCGCUGCCCGGACAGCGUGGGAGAGCAAAGUGUGGAGUAGACCCAGGCCUAAUUGCUUCCUCCGAGGUCCUGCCCUGUCCAGGAAGGUGUCAGGCUGACACCCAGGCUGGCGGUCUUUCAUCCCAGCCCUUUGGCCGUACAUCCAGCACCAUUUGGUGGGGCAGCUCUGGGGCGUCCAGGUGGACAAGCCAGCCUGGGAGGGCCUCGGGAUGGCAGGCACAGAUGGUGGGGAGUGCCCCGUAGCAGGUUCCAAAAGGGUAGGGACCCCAGGGACAGUAAUCGUGGUGUUGCCGUGUCCCCUGCUCCCAGCCUGAGUAUCUGGAGGUGUGCGCAGGGAAGGUGCCAGAAACACCUCGGCACCCUGCCUCCUCUUCGCACUGGGGGUGGGAUAGAGGAUGUUUAUUUUCUCUGCUUUCUUAGGCUUUACUGUUCUCUAAAUGAGCAAAUGACCCAUUCCUCUUAAUCAAGUCAUGGCUUCUCAGCCCAAGCCCCCACCUUCCCUGCCUAGGGCAAAAUCCCAGAAUGGGGUCACCUGGAGCCUGGCUCAGGCUGUGGUGUGGGGGCUCCAUGUAGGUGGGGCCCUGCUUGGAGCCCCAGAUGGGGUCCCCACAAGCCUGCCCAGUGGACUCGGAGGAGCACAUGCAAAGCCCCUCUGCCUCCCGGCCCUGCCCAGCAGUUCCUGUGUCCCUGGCUGGGGCUCCCUGAGAACCGUCACCCGCACCCCGCACUGUGCACUGGCUGUCCACUGUUUGGGGGGUGCACAGCAGAUACCUGCAGGCCCACAGACCAGGGCCGUGAAUGUGUGGCCCACACACCCAGGGCAGGUGGCACCCAGGGCAGUUUCAGAGCCAACGGCAGACUCACUCAGGAGUAGUUCUCAGCACCAGGGAACUGACCCCUUAAAGCCCCCCAGCAAGUCUCAGCCCCAGUUCUGAGGAGGCGCAGGUGUCCCAGGUGCCUGCUGCAGCCCUGAUCACACACUUGGGAAGCCCAGGGAAGUGACCAGAAUAGUCCUUCUCCCCUUGGGAAACCCCUGAAGAGGGUGGACAAGGCAGACCUGCCUGGCUGUGGGUCCCCAGGAGCAGCCCUGCUGGCAGCGAGCCCCAGGAGAUAGCCUCUACCACGGGGUGCGCCCCUGCCCGAGGCUGCCCCUGCAGACAGAUACAGUGCCCCGAUCAGGGGAGCAUGGCAGGCCUUGACUCUGAGCAGCCCGGGAGCCGUGGGGACCAGUGUGCAGGUGGCCCCCACAACCAGAGCCAGAGCUUUCCCAGCCCAGCCCCUCCCGCCCCGACUCACCUGGCCCUUCCCACCCAGUCAGACUGUGGGGGGCGGUGGGGGAGUGGGAGGUGCGAGGCUGGCGCUGCCCUCAGGCUCCCAGAUUGCAAGGUGCUGCUGAGACUGGGUGGGGCCCACAGGGCAGCACAGCCUCUGUCCAGGGCCCCUCAUGGUCUCUGCCUGGCCCACUGGCAUUCCAGGAAUGGGGUCUGCAUGGGGAGUGGCGUGGCUCAGAUGCCACGUGCCCACACACCUCCCCAGCCUGGGGGCAGCAUGAGGACCCUGGUGUGGGCCCUGACCAACAGAGGGCCCUGGGACCAAGUCACGCAGCCCCUCAGAAGCCCCCUUUAUUCAAAAUGGGAGGGACCUCAGAUGGGUGAGCACAAAGCCCACAACCUCGAGGUCAGGGCCGCAGCCUCCCUCGAGGGAUGGCCAUUGGCUGCCCACAGCAGUGCCAAGGUCGGGGCUGCUGGGCCCUGGGGCAGACAGGAGCUGGACACGGCGGCCCUGGGCACCAAGCCCUCCUGCAGAUGGGGAACGAGAGCAGCGCGGGCAAGCAGGCACAGAACCGGCUUUUCCAGCUCGGUGGUGCUCCCAGGGCCCUGUCGGGGUGACAGCAGGGCUCAACAGUGGGCAGCGGCCGUGGGAAACCCGGCACUGGUAGUUCCCGAAGGUGGGGCCAGGCCCUUGCGGACAGCACCAGGCGUUGGUCUGCGUGUGGUGACUCAGCAUGAGCUGGCGACCCCGCCCAGGUGUGCACACUGGGCUCAAGUCCUGGGAAGGCUGGUGGACCCCUCACAGAGGACCCCACCCCACUCUUCUGCUGUGUUAUGCCCUCAGGGUGGCCUGACAGAACGAGGGCCUCUGUGGUGGGCAGCCCUGGGUGGCAGUCAGAGACUAGACUGCCUACUUGUUCUUGCUCCUAGAGUGAGACCUGGACCUGGGGGACUGCAGGCCACACCUGCAGCCAGGGCUCUGACGUUGCUGCUGCCCCAGGAAGCCCCCUGGACUUGCAGCCAGGGGUCAGGACACACAGCAGCCUCCCUGCCAGAGGCCAGCCCAGACCCUGGCUGGGGGAGGUGGCCAGCAGGACUUAAGGCUGCCAGAGGGGCAGUGGGGAAGGGUCCUGCCUGGAACCAGCCCAAGUGCCCCAACAGAGGGGGCCCCAUCCACCCAGCACUCCCAGGCCCGGGCUCCCCAGCCUGCCGUGGUGCUGAGGCACAGCGGUGAGGCCGCAGCCACAGGAGCCUCGUCAUCCAAGGCACUCAACCAGGAGGGGGCAAGGAGUGCUCACAGCCCCCAGCCCCUGCCCAAGGCUCACCCUCCUCCCGUAGGCCGUCCUGAGGUCCAGAAGGGCUGCGACCACACAGUCUCCUCAGGUACCUGCGCCCACCUGCCUGGCAGCCAGGUCUCAGCAGGUGCCCAGCCCUGCCGCCCUGGCACACAGCCCUCCCCGCCUCACCCUGGGAAUCCUGGGGCCUAGACCCAUCACAACCCGGGGGUGGCCAAGGUGGGAGAGCAGGAAGAGCCCCACAAGCCCCUGCCCCCACUCCACUCUGGGGUCACUGGAAGGUCAGCAGGGUUGAGCUGAGCUCCUUACAGGAGCCCAUUGCAUGUUCUACACAAAGACCCUGAGUGCAAACCAAAGUGCCUUCACUCGUAACAGCUCAUGGACUGGGUGCCCGGCAAGGGCCGGACUGCUGGCCUCUGAAGCAGCAGGAGGACCGGUGUCGUGGAGAAACCUGAACACAGAAGUGGCCAGGCUCACCCCAAGAUGGGCUGAGGGGUCAGGGCAGCUAUAGGGCGACCCACCCUGACCCUUUCAUGCUGGCCCAUGCGCCCCCUACCCAUGCUGAGCCUGGCCCAGGGCUGCCCAGGCUAUCUCUGCCCUUACGGACUCUGAGGCUGGGGGGCACAGCCAGGUGAUGGCAGAGUUACUAGGAUCUCAGGAGCCAGAAGGGGCCACCCAGGGCCCACUAGGAGCCAGUGCAGCCAGGGAGGGCUCCCAUUAGGCGGUGUGCGCUGUGGUCCUGUGGGGAGAAGGGAUGUGUCAUUUGUCUCCAUGAAACCUCCGGCCAGACCCGGAGCUGCAGGGGGCUGGAGGAGGGGGCAUGGAGCAAGCCUCCCCCAACCUCAGCAGC